AUGGAGUACUUUCUAAGCGACAAGGGCGGCGCGCCGGGCGAAGGAAUCGGCGCCGGCACCGAGCUGACGUGGCGUAACGUCGGCCUCGGGUUCCUCUUCAUCGUCUUCGAUGCGGUGCUGUCUGCCAUUAUGGGACUCAAGAUCGGGCGUAACCUCAUCGUCGCGGCUUGCCGCUGUAUCCUCCAACUCAUGGUCAUGAGUCUCAUACUCGGCAAAGUGUUUGCCAGCAACAAUCCCUAUGCAGUGGCUGGUAUUGCGUUCCUCCUCAACGUGCUCGGUGCAAUCGAGGCAACGUUCAACAAGGCCAAGCGCAGGUUCAGCAACAUGUUCCCCUGCGUCCUCCUCUCGCUGCUCUGCGGCUCCAUCCCCAUCAGCUGUAUCGGCCAGCGCUUCGCAAUGGAACAGCACCCCUUCUGGCAACCGGAGCAGUUCAUUCCCGUCCUCGGUAUGCUGCUUGGAAACGGUAUCAGCGCGAUCGGGAUCGCAAUGAACGCCGUCUCGAACGAGUUUGCAAACAACCGCGACCGCAUUGAGACGUAUCUCGCCUUUGGAGCGGGUCGGUUCGAGGCGGUCCGUCCGCUUGCUAUUGACGCGCUGGCAUCGGCGCUCCUCCCGACGAUCAACCAGAUGAGCGUCAUCGGCCUGAUUUCCAUCCCCGGCAUGAUGACCGGUGCCAUCGUGGGUGGCAAGUCGGUUGAACAAGCAGCCAAGCUCCAGAUGAUCGUCAUGUUCAUGAUCAGUGCAAGCUCGGCACUCGCCACCAUCGUCGCGCUCUGGUUUGCCCUCACAACACUGAUCGACAACCAAGACCGCGUGAGGGUUGACCGGCUCGACUCCCGCAAGCCGGCGUUUUACCGCUGGCGCGACCGUACCAUUGAACGCGUGUGGCGCUGGUGUACCAGCCUCUGGUGCUGUGGCGGCCGUAAGAGUGGUGGAACUGAGGAGGAGCGCCGGGGCCUACUCAGCGGCGGCGAGGGCGGUGCCAACGGCGGCAAUGGCAACCCCAACACCCGCUAG